AUGGACCAGAAUGACAAUGAUAUGCAGGGCACGGAAAACUCUGGAAUAUUAGGUGGCCCUGAUGUUCGUAAGCGGAUCCCCAUCAAACUUCUUCCCAAACAAGCCAGGAGCAGCAAGCCAACACCCCGAACACAGAGACCCAUGGGCCGUUUGCCGUCAAAGUCUCAUUUGGGAGAUGAUGAUGACCUAAGUUAUAAGCAGGAGGAGAGGUUUGUCUUUGGUGCAAAGUCAGGAGAUGCGUUUGCUAGUCAAAGACGGUUUCCACAGCAACUGUACUGGGAUUACAAGCUAAACUUAAUUGGUGAGAAGGAUGACAUGUCAAUUCAUUUUUGUGACAAGUGUGGCCUGCCCAUUAAGACCUAUGGACGCAUGAUACCUUGCAAGCAUGUUUUCUGCUAUGAAUGUGCAAUGCUUCAUGAAAGGAAAGGUGAUAAAAUGUGCCCAGGUCUGACCUUGUACAGCUGCACAGACCCGGUCCAGCGGAUUGAGCAGUGCCAGCGCGGCUCCCUCUUCAUGUGCAGCAUCAUUCAGGGCUGCAAGCGCACCUACCUCUCCCAGCGAGACCUACAGGCUCAUAUCAACCACCGGCACAUGAGGGCCAACAAGGCCACUGGAGGACGCUCAGAUCCUCAGCACCCUCCCAGUGCCUCUGACGUGUCCGACCGCUUCCGCUUACCCCCUCACUUGCCCAAGCCCCAUGUGCAUGUUCCCCCUCCCUUGACACAUGGAGGUCAUGACCAUUACAACCAGGCCCAAACAGCCACCCAUGAUGACCCGCGAGCCCCGCAAGCUCAGCCACCUCCGACAGACAUUGGACCACCCCGCUCUCUAGCCCAAGAGACCUUCCGUAUUGCCACGGUGACCACACGCAAACACAGCAACCUCAUCACUGUACCUAUCCAGGAUGACACCGCAAGCUCUGCCCCUUCUCGUGAACCCCUGCCUCAGCCUGGCUCUGCUCCUCCCCCGCAUCAUAUCCCAGGAGACUACCAAAGCCAGCCUGUAGUGUCCCACCCUCACCACAUGAUGGCGCCACCUCAGCCACACUAUGGGCCACCACCGCCUCCCCCUAUCAGCCACUCCCUGCAGCACCCCCCACAGGGCUCCAGCACACCUCACAUGGUAUAUAACCAGGCCCCUCCUCUUCCAAUGUCCUCUGUCCCACCUCCCAUCACCCCUCCUCCUUCACACCUGAUGGGUCAGAUGCCCCCUUACAUGAACCAUCCUCCACCAGGACCACCUCCUCAGCAUGGUGGCCCCCCAGUCAGUGCUCCUCCGCCACGUCACUACAACCCUCCAUUUUCUGAGGACCAAGGCACCCUCAGCCCACCUUUCAGCCAGCCCGGAGGGGUGAGUCCUGGCCUCUGGCCAGCCCCUAGAGUACCUCCGCCUCGCAUGCAGGGCCCCCCACCUCAGGGACAAAUGCCUGGACCUCACCACCCAGACCAGGCGCGCUACAGAACGUAUUACCAGUAGACCAGUCUUAAUGUUCCUCUUUAGCUACCAGGAACUUAUCUUUGCCUCACUGCUGGUCCUUUCUUUGGGGCCCCAAACGACAUGAGUGAGUUUAGUUCAGGGUAGUACGUGAUUGUUUUUUGGUUCAAACUCUUGUUUUA